AAUUGUCAGCGCCUCGCUGCGAUGGCGGCGGCGCCGAGCGCUGUCACACAGCUGACAGCGCAGUCUUCCCCUCAGGAAGCUACCGUCUCUGUCGCCUCCUCCUCCUCCUCCUCCACCGCCACCGCCUGAGCGGCGGCGGCGGGGGCGGCGGCAGCGAUUGUGCCUGCCUCCUCUGCCACCUCCACGCCUGCCUGCCCGCCUGCCCGCGACUGUGGCGGCGGCGGCGGCGGCGGCUUUGGCGGCUUUGGCGGCUCCACUAUGGCGGCGGCGGGGAGGGGGGGCAGUAGUUUUAAAGUAGACACCCGCCCUUGCCUGAGAGAAGGUGAGUUCCCGUCCCGGGGUGUGGGGGAGGCCCCAUCUCCUUUGCUGCCUCUCUUCUGCCUGCCCCAGAGCGGACUGGGCGCGGUUCGCCACCGCCCCACCCCCCACCUGCUGUGGCGCAGUAAAGGCCAAGCUCGCCCCGCCCCGCCCCGCCGUUGUAGCCCCGAGUGUGCCAGAGGGACGAAGCAGAGAGGGGCUUCCCUACCUCCUGUCCGAAAAGGAUGGGGGCCCCCAGGAAAAGGAACUGCAGAUAUGACUUGGAAUCAACAGGAAAAGACUGAACUUUUUGCAGAUAAUUUUUGUAAUGUGUGUGGAGUGGUGCUUCAGUUUGAAUCGCAAAGGAUUUCACAUUAUGAGAGUGAAAAACAUGCUCAAAAUGUUAGGUUUUAUUUUCAAAUGCAUGGGGAACAAAAUGAAGUGCCUGGUAAGAAAAUGAAGAUGGAUGUUAGGAAUUUUCAGGAGCAUAAAAGUGAAGUAGUGGACAGAAACAAAUUUUGUGGUCUCUGCCACAUGGUUUUUAGCUCCUCAGUUGUUGCUCAGUCUCAUUAUGUGGGGAAAGGCCAUUCUAAAAAACUGAAGCAAUUAAUGGAGGAGCGUGAUCAGGUAUCUCCAUCAAGAUUUCAGCCAGAAACGGAGUCAACUUUUCUGAAGCCCCUUGCUGUCAAGCCUCCUCCAGGUGGGAUUAAAGACAAGAUUAUGCCUUCCUCUUCCAGCAGUGCUUUGGAUUUGAAUAAUCCAAACAAGUAUUGCAAGCUCUGUCCUGCUUCCUUUAAUAGUCCAUUAAUGGCCCAACAACAUUAUGUUGGGAAAAAACACAAAAGAAAUGAAGCUAGGAAGAAGUUUGUAGACAAGAUAAGAGAGAAACCUCUUCCUGCAAAAUCAGAUGCAAAUGCAUUUAGUAUGAGAACCUACGAUUGCCGUAUUUGUAAUAUCACCUUUACAUCUUUAGAAAUGUUCCGGUCUCACAUGCAAAGAAGUGAACAUCAACUUAAAGAAUCCAUUGUUAUCAAUCUAGUGAAGAAUUCAUGGAAGCCACCAGACUCUUGCCAAGAUGAAUGUACAGAUUACAUCAAAGUACAGAAAGCCAGAGGAUCAGAACCAAAGACUUGUUUUAGAAAGAUGGAAGAAGGUUCUUUGGAAGCCCAUGGGUACAGAGAAGCAGUUGAUUCCAGAUCCAGACAUAGAAUGUUUGAACAAAGAUCCCCAUGUGAGACUUUCUGGACAUAUCCAGGACCAUAUAAUAUUUCACAAAUAGUGGAAAACCAAUUACCUCAUUGCUUACCAGCUCAAUCAAAGAAAACAUAUGACUCUUUUCAAGAUGAACUGGAAGAUUAUAUCAAAGUGCAGAAAGCCAGAGGACUACAUCCAAAGACUUGUUUCAGAAAGGUAAGAGAGAGCUCUGUGGAAACCCAUGGGUACAGAGAAAUUGAUUCUGGACCCAGACCAAGAAUGUGUGAACGAAGGUGUUCAUUUGAGACUUCUCAGACCUACCAACGACCAUAUACUACUUCACCAGUGGAAAGCCAAUUAUAUCACUGGUUACCAGCUCAUUCAAAGAGGACAUAUAACUCUUUCCAAGAUGAACUUGAGGAUUAUAUCCAAGUGCAGAAAGCCAGAGGACUAGAGCCAAAGACUUCUUUCAGAAAGAUAAGUGAUAGCUCUGUGGAAACCCAUAAGCACAGAGAAAUGGUUGAUUCCAGACCCAGACCUAGAAUGUUUGAGCAAAUACUCCCAUUUGAGACUUUCCAGACUUACCCAGGAUCAUACAGUAUUUCACAGGCAGAAGAAAACCAGUUACCUCAUCCUUUACCAACUCAUGACAGCAAACAGAGAUUAGACUCUGUGACCUACUGUCAACCCACCAGAGACUGUUUCCCAGAAAAACCAGUACCCCUGAGCCUUAGUCAGCAGGACAAUAACUCUGGCACAUACAGUGUAGAAUCUGAAGUUUAUAAGCACCUCUCCUCAGAAAACGAUACCAAUGAGCAUCAAGCAGGUCAUAAGCGGAAACAUCAGAAGAGAAGAAGGCACAUGGAGGAAGGUGAAGAAAGGCCAGAGAAGGAGCAGUCCAAGCAUAAAAGAAAAAAGAGUUAUGGGGAUACAGAUCUAGACAAGGACAAGGGCUCUGGGGAAGGGAAAAGAGACAGAGAUAAACUUAGUGUCAGUUCAGGAAAGCUUAAGCAUCGAAAAAAGAAAAAAAGCCAUGGCGUACCCUCUGAGAAGGAAGAACGUAAGCACAAGAAAGAGAAAAAGAAAUCUGUUGAAGAAAAGACAGAAGAGGAAAUGCUUUGGGAUGAGUCUAUUCUUGGAUUUUAAACUUUUAGCUUUGUUUACCC